CGCGGAGGCUCGGCGCGGAGCAGCGCCGGCAGGGAGACGAUGCCUCGACUGCCCGGCCGCGCGGGGCUCCUCCUCGGCGUGGUGCUGCUGGCGGCGCUGCUGGCCGCGGGCCGGGCUCUCCCCCUGAGGAAGCCGCGGCCCCGGAGUCCCGCGAGGCUGGCGGAGGUCUCAGCCUCCCCAGAUCCCAGCUCUCCUAGGGAAGAGGAGAGGACCCCCCUGCUCCCCAGAACCCGCCUCCAGGCAGGGCCACGCCAACAUAGGCGCCGGGAUCUCAGUGAGCCAGCAGCCCUGAGCCUGGACAAGGCGUCCAUGCCAAGGACCCUGGAGGACACUCCCUUGCUGCUGGAGCUGCAGAAGCUGCCAGGAUUGGCUAACACAGACCUGACUGCCCCAAACCCCAAUAUCCAGGUGACCAUCGAGGUGGUGGAGGAUCCCCAGGCGGAGGUGGAGAUGGACCUAUUGGCUGAGCCCAGCAGUCGCUGGCCCCAGGGUGCCUCUAGCUGGCUGUCCGCCAAGGAGCUCUUCUGGCCCCUAUUCUGGAGCUACCUGGAGGGCGAGGAGGGGAGGACCAAUCUCAAGGGCAGAGCCCCAGGGGAAGAAGAGGAGGAGGAAGAAGUGGAGGAGGAGGAUUACCCUGCAGAGUAUAGUGAGAGUGAGGACCAGGAGGACAACGAGGAGGAAGAGGAGGAGGAGGAGGAGCCUGGGUUCAGUGGGGCCACAGGCAGCUGGGAGCAGGGCUGGCUGGCCCCUGGGGACUGGGCCUUCAAGGAGCCAGACGGCUAUGACUAUGAGCUUCAAGAGGAGUGGAGCCCCUGGUCUCCCUGCAGUGGGAGCUGCGGCAGCGGCAGCCAGAGGAGGACUCAGCCCUGCGGCUACGCCUGCACUGCCACCGAGUCCCGUGCCUGCGACCUGCCCCUUUGUCCUGGCACCGAGGACAAGGACCCCUCGGGCUUCCCCGGUGAGGGGUGGCCGCCCCUGGCCCACAAUGCUACGGACAUGCUCAACCCAGAUGUGGAUAGCUGUGAGAAGUGGCUGAACUGCAAGAGUGACUUCCUAGCCAAGUACCUGAGUCAGGUGCUGCAGGACCUGCCCAGCUGCCCAUGCGCGUACCCGCUGGAGGCCGUGUACAGCGCGGUGAGCCUGCAGGAUGAGCACCGGGGCCGAAGCUUCCAGUGGAGGGAUGCCAGCGGGCCUCGAGAGCACCUGGACGUGUACCAGCCCACGGCGCGCUUCUGCCUGCGCUCGCUGCUGUCCGUGGAGAGCAGCACCCUGGCCGCCCAGCACUGCUGCUACGAUGCGGGCAGCCGGCUGCUGACUCGGGGCAAGGGCGCCGGUGCGCCUGACCUCGUCAGCACUGACUUCUCGCCCGAGCUGCACUUCAAGGUGGACACGCUGCCCUGGAUCCUCUGUAAGGGGGACUGGAGCCGCUACCACGCUGUGCGGCCUCCCAACAAUGGCCGGGCCUGCGCCGACAACCCUCCCGAGGAGGAGUACCUGGCCCAGUUGCAGGAGGCCAAGCAGUACUAACCAGGGGGCUGCUGUUCUGGAGAAGAUUCCCCUGCACACCCCUCACCCUGCCUCUGCCCAGACCCCGUGAAGCCGGCCGGCCUGGUGCCGCGGGCCCUCUGCUUGUGAACCCAAGGCAGGUCAGCACCCCAGGUGUGGGGUGU